AUGGAGGACUUGCUCAAGGCUGCCAUUGUUCUCAAGGUGCAUCCUACCAGCACUGUCUCGAAGCCAUGCACGCUGCAGCCGCUUAUGCUGCUCCCCCGAGAAGACCUUCCGCUGUCCAGCCUUGACCUCUUUUCACCCCAUGGCGAUCUUCCCUCUAGUCGCCUUUACGAGUCCCUAGUCAAGAUCCUCGACCUCGAAGACCGAGUCGCCGAGAGGCCGAGCCUGCUCCUUGCGCGCAACGAAGCCUCCAAGUCGGUUUAUGCGCUCGAACGCGCUACUACUUCUGGAAAGAACCUCUAUACAGUCUGCAAGCUUGGCUCGUGGGUGGACUUGCUGGCCUUGUCUGAGAAGGCUACGGUGGUCGGCAAGCAUGUAGCGCGCAUGCGGCUUGCAGAGGAGGCGAGGGAGUCUCAGCAAGGGCAGACUAUGCCAUUGAUGACACCGGCCUUGCACAGAGGACACAAGGAGAAGAGACUGGCGAUCGAGGCGCUGCAGCAGUCUAUUGUGAGAAAGAGGGGCCGCUCGCAAUCCGUGUCGACAUUUGACGGGAGGGCAGAGAAACGGACGAGGUCUGACGAUGACAUUUCACGACCGCAAACGCCAAGCGGGUUGGUUCAGACGGUCGAGCCGAAGCCUGAGCCGACUGAGUGGAUUGAAACACAUCUAGACGCAGUCGAACCGACACCACAGCCCGUUCCCGAGCCUACUACCCAGCAGACUGCUGGCGACAUCAUGGAUACCAUCAGGACGCAGUAUACCGAGGCACUUUACGAGUCAAUGGGAUCUCUUGCGUAUUUUGCCAAGGGGCCGCUAUCUCGAGCCCGUGCCGCUUUCCAUCUCGACUGUGACGGCACGAUGGAUAUGAACGACCUCAUAGAGUUUCUCAAGAGUCUGGUCAUGACAACGGUUCAAAUCGACAAAAAGUACCGCGAAGCAAUACCCGAUCUAAUUUCGAAAAUGAAGACACACAUUGAUAGUUCCGACGAAGGCAGCAAGUCGAAGCGAAGGAAGACCAAGAAAAUGAAGAUGGGCAAGGAUGGCAUGUACUCUGGCGAAGACGAGCAUGUGCGUGCCUGGUGGAACUCGAACAAGCCGGAAUUCAGUGACGAGGAUAUGACCGUCACACCGGCACAGAUCAAGUCCCAUGUUUCCCUCCUGCGAACCCGCGAGACGCAGUUACAGAUGAUUUUGAUUUUGGAAAUCCUGGCCCUGGAGCCUCUGCGUACAGCUGAGGCCGAGGGGGAAACCCAGCUGCCUGGUCUCUCGGGCGAGGGCGAUGGAGAGAAGGCCGCAGAAACUCAACCGAAGAAGCGCAGCAAACACAACUUCCCCGUCUUGGUGGACGUUCAUGCCGAUCGGCUCACCAUUUGGCAGUCCACUGCUUCUGAUGAGUUGAGGCUGCUUGAGGGCUCUCAAGUUACUGCGGCGAACGGCGGAGAUCCAGCCCUGAGGGCGUCUGCGGACCCCCUAAAGGACUUCUGUACUGACAUUAUUAUGCCUUUCUUCGCCGCUCGGUUGCCUGAGAUCUGCGACUCCAUCAGCCGUAAACUUGGCGGACCCGUCAUCAUUGCUCCGCCAAAACCCAAGGCGAAGCCGUCUUCGAGUAAAAUCAACACGAAGCCUGGAGCUGCUGCGAAGCGUCCUUCAAAGCCCUCAUCGAAGAACAACAUAGAAAAAGCUCUUUUCAAGGAGCAGUCGCGGCGCAGUAUUUCUAGAGGUCCCGGUAACGCCAUUGCGUUGUUGAGAUCUGCAACCUCGGCCAAUAUUUCUGGCUUCAAGCGUGAGAACAGCGAGCUCGAUCGCAAAUCGCCCAUGGACCGGACGGGUCUCCUCUCCAGGAGUCAAAGCAUGACGGCCUUGGACGACGUCAAGGUCCAAGACGUCAAGGCACAGAAGAAGGCGCUGGUGGAAGCCGAGUUGAAGGAUGCCAUCACGGCCAUUCGGAAACCUAAUCGUGACCUGGCGGGCAAGGCCAUCGUUGAAGAUGCGGUGAAGCGGGUUUCCGGGGGUCUUUCUUCGAUUAAGAAAUCCAAGAAACCGCCAACCCGACAUCCACUAUUUGAAUCGGUACAAGUAAAGGUCACGCCUGCCACACAUCGCUUCCGCGAUGCCUUGAGCGCGGAGUCACAGGGCGCAAGUAAUCUUUUCAUUCCGAUGUCGAGUAUCCCGCCCUCUAGCGCAUCGAGAGUCCCCUCUACAGGACCGCGGAGGGGCCACAUCGAUGUUAUGGGCAAUACUCCAUCAUCUGCUAUACAGGCGACGCCUAUCAAGCGUGGAGGGCACGAGGCCGGGAUCCCGCCUUCAUCGCCCUUGAUGGCAAGGAAGCCUGCGAGAACCCAGCAUUUGAGCGUACCAGGAAGCGUGAUCAGGACGAGACCUGAGCCUAUGCGGUCACCGUCACCAGACAUUGGCCUGCCGGCGACGCCAUGCAAACAACGGACGGUGGACGUGUUGGGAGACGAGGUGGCGGUUACUCCGGUGCGCAGAUCAUCACUUGCGCUGCCCCCACCACCAGAAGAGGAAAAACCAAAGUCGAUUUACGCACGACUUGGGUGGGAUGACGACUUUGACGACUUUUAA